CGGAUGUUGAUCCUUUCGACCGACGGUGGCACCGUUCAGCCUCAGCACACCGUCGACACGCUGGUAUCCAUAUCGGGCGAACGUUAUGAUUUCGUGCUCACCGCCAACCAACCGCCCGGCAAUUACUGGCUCCGAGUGCGUGGCAUUGGGUUCUGCAAUUCGAUGCGCGUCGAAGAUUUUGCCAUCCUCUCGUACAUCACCGAAGACGACGUCGGCCGUGGGACGGAAGCUGGGCUUAGCGUUGCCCAAACACUGGCAUUUCCCCGACAGUGGAUACCCUCGUACGAUGAACCGUUUCCGGUCGGCAGUGUGCUGAACUUUCAGACGGCACCGUGCUACACACCGGGCGACCCGUUCAUUUGUGCCGCCGACCUGGAGUCGUAUGAAGCUUUCCGCGACGACGAACUCAUCGAUGCCGUGCCGGAUGUUACGUUUCACGUCGGGUUCUACGUGUGGAGGGCAGCGAACAGUUUCCUGUUUUCCGAGCAUGGCACGAGCCAUUUUGCGACGGUGCGGGAUGAUUUUAACACGAUCGCUGCAACGAACAUGAUCAGCUUCGAGCCACCCUCCUUUCCGCUGCUGAUUUCGCCCGAGCUUAUAAUCGACGAGAAUACCCAGUUCUGCAACGCCAGCCACAAGCCCGAGCACUGCACCAACGACACGCUGUGCUUCUGCACCCACCGCCUAAAGGUGAAGCUUAAUGACAUCGUCGAAAUAGUGCUCUUCGAUACUGCGAAAGUCGUCCAGGAGUUCUAUCAUCCCUUUCAUCUGCACGGUCAUCGGUUUAUAGUGACCGACACUGGUCGAUUUCCCAGCAGCUUAACGAAGGAUCACGUGCAGUACCUCCAGAAGCUGCGGAAGGUGCGGCGCCCGAACGCCCUAUCGCCACCGUACAAGGAUACAAUGGCCAUACCGAACCGUGGCUUCGUCAAGAUUCGCUUCCGAGCGAACAACCCCGGGUUUUGGUUGGUGCACUGCCACUUCGAAUGGCACCUUGCCAACGGGAUGGGUCUGGUGCUGCAGGUGGGCGAACUGUCGGAGAUGCUGAAGCCGCCGGCCGACUUUCCCCGGUGUGGCAGUUACCAGCCGCCGCUCGGUGGCGAAGUGGCGCAUAACUUCCCCAGCGGCUAA